CAACAGGACCAGGACAUACAUUUAGACAUUGUCAAGAUGACCUGCUGAAGUUCUAAGCGAGCACCAGAAUAUGGAAGAAAAGUGAAGUGACUUUGAAAGGUGACUUAAGUGCAAGGUGAUUUAAGUGACAUGGUUGUGGGUGCCAGAUGGCCAGGUCUGAGUAUUUCAGAAACUGCUGAAGUACUGAACCAAUACUUGAUUCAGUUUGAUAGUGUUGAUGUGUUGAUGAUGUGUAAGGAUGCAGAAACAGCAUCCAAGUGCUGAAUUGUGGUUCCACUCUAUUGUAGGGAAAUGGACAUGAACGUGACUUCAUGGAUGACAGGCGAGUGUUCAUCGUGGAUAUGUAUAAUCGCUACAUAUAUCCUGGGGAUGGAUAUGCCAAAAGAGCCAUAAAAAGGAAGGUGGAGCUGGACUGGGGCACUGAAGACUCAGAGUACCUUCAGAAAGUAGAGCUCCACUCUGAGGGGGCUCUGAAUGAGGUCCGACCUGACAUUAUUGUCUAUAAUGCAGGGACAGACAUUUUGGAUGGGGACCCCCUUGGAGGACUCUCUAUAUCACCACAGGGCAUUGUAAAGAGAGAUGAGAUUGUGUUCAGGGCUGCUAGACGACGGGGCAUCCCUAUACUCAUGGUCACAUCUGGGGGUUAUCAGAAAAAAACAGCCCGCAUCAUUGCCGACUCCAUUCUCAACUUAAAUCAACAAGGCUUGAUUGGAGAAGAGGCUCUGGAGGAGGAGGAGGAGGGGUCAUCAUCAUUAGUAACCAGUGUGAUGUGCAGCUCUGGACCUGCAGGAUCAACGUUCACUACUGUCUGAGGGGCAUGAAUCCUGGGGUUAACACUUGCAGGUGUAACCCAUGCAACUGUGAUAUUUGAAGGCACUUAAGUAACUUUAUAGUGUCCAGUUAUUGUAUGACAGCAGCAAUGCUAUUGUGAGGAGUUUUAGUUUUUUUAUUUACUUUAGGUUGUAAGUACUGAAACAAUUGCACUCUCUUGACUAAGCUCUCACAUGUGACAAAAAGCAAAAUUUUAUGGGUUUAUGUUUAGUGUAUGUAUGGGCAGCAUUUUAGACAGGUAUUCUUUCACCUCUGGAAAUGUAGUAAUGUCAUUUGUGAAGGAUAUGAUAUAUUAAUUGUCCAUGAAAUAGCACAGAGGUUUGAUGUUCUUACAGGCACAUGCAAAGUAUAUUAAUUACCUUCCAUCUCAGUUCAUGGUAAUGAAGGUGGAGAAUAAAGAUAAAUGCUUAUAAAAAAUAUAACUAUCAAACAUAAUCUAAUGCUGAUGUCUUCUCAAGUCCUCAUCAACAUUUUGUUUUAUCACUUCUAGAAUCAAUUGGUGUUUUCCUCUAGACAAUAUUGUUAUCAUUAUUUAGUUUAUGGUGUUUGAUUAAUCAAGUUCAACCACUGAUGAGUUUUGUACUUUAUUUUUCUUUCGGUGCUUUAAAACCAUUCUGAUAUCUAUAGUUAGUGUUUACAGGGACUAAAGUGUUUUGUAUUUAAAUUUGAAACACAAUAACGUGACUCUGAGCACUUUAAUUGGUGUGUGGUGAAAGAAAGUUCACUAACAUUGCUUCAGCUCUUGUAAAUCAGUGCUGUUUUUUUCAGUGUGUCCAAAAACUGAAAAGUGUUCAGUGAUUAAAGAGCAGGCUUGUCCAGUGGAACUUUUCAUGGGUUUUAACUCCUGAUCUGUUUGCCGCAGUGAUUCAGAACUCACCUAAUGAUGUUUACACAUAUGGCUAUUAAAAAUGAGACUGAUGCUGUAAUACAAUUUUAUUGAACAUAAA